UUUCUGAUUCGGACGCUCAUGGCGCAGCUCGAAGGGUACCGGUGCCCGAUCGUCGUGCGCACGGCGCUCAUUCAACCCUACGACAUGCCUCGUUUCAUGGGCGAAGUCAUCUCACAGCUCCACGAGCUAAGUCACUGGACGACCAAGUGCGCAACCCUGCUCAACCAACACCACCCCUUCCACGCGACACCGCCAAUGCCCAAACCAUCAGUCCCCACAACAAUCCUAUCGGAAGUCGAGCUGCUCAAACGCAGCCUCAACGUUGUCGAGAAGCAGCAGUCCAACAAGCUCGUGACCGAAAUCGCCUAUCUCCAGUGCGCGCUGCGGAGCGAAGCCGACGAGAAAAUGACCGCGUUCGAACACUUUGUCGAAACGCGCCUUGGCCAAAGCAUCCGCGAGCACACGCAAGUCCUUCAGACGCAGCAGGACGCAAUUGCAACCAAGAUGGAAGCUGUCGCCGCCACCAUGGUCCUCGUGCGCUCGGAAGUAGACGCACUUCAGACCCGCGUCGACCAUGUCGAGGAGAUGCUUGAAACGAAUGCAAGCGUCACGUCCGAGGCGCUUCAGCGCUUACAUACGGACGCAGCCCACUGCGCAAAACAGCGCGAGAAGGUCGAUAUGGGCAUGGGCAACCAACUGGCGCAAACGCGACUGCACGUGCAAGACGCGAUUGGGAGUCUCAAAGGGGCCCACGCCCAACUGGUCCACCGCAUGGAGACGAUCCGCGUCGAGCUCCACGAUGCAGUCGACCAUAUUCGAAAAAACACACAACAACACGAUAAGCUACUCACGCGCAUUGCGCGCGGCACGCUGGGCUUUGACGGCGUCAAAAUCACGGGCCCGACGACAAGUCCCAGCAAAAGAGACAACGUGUCGUGUGGGACGCGACCAAAGUCGGCACGUGCUGCGGGCCCCCGACUCCAGCCCCCAGGGUUGAGCAACCAGUUGCUGUAUGCCAACGCAACCUUACCGGGUACUACGAGUCGUCAAGAGCCACCGGUGUGCCCAGGACAAGAACAACCCGUGGAAGAGACGGACGACGCCACGCUGGAGCGCUCCGAGUCGCUCCAGGCUCUGUUUCAGAGCUUGCGAAAACCAGUCGUCGCCCUGGAGACCACCAAACUCGAGAUCGAAGCCAUGUCGCCGCUCGAGACUGCCCCUUGCUAUGUCUUGGACAAAGGCCAAACGGUACCGUUGCAGCCGUCGGAUACGCGGCAGUUUAGCUUGCAGCCGACACCGCGACUGCAAUCGAGCUCUGGUGUGCGAAGCUCGUCUGUCGUGAGUACGCCAGCCGUUGGCGACCGCAUUUCCGGCACCAAGCGCGAUGCCGUACGAAGUGCAGCGUCGAAACGACCUCGCAAGCCCGAGGCGGGAAGCUCCUCGGUCAAGCUGGGUCCACCGACGCGGCCGCAGUCGGCGCGUCUCAAGCCCACAGCCUCCUUCCUCCCAGCUCCCGAGUUGGUCAAGAUGCAGAUCGCAACCGCGCGACGUGCCGAGACCGACGAUAGUACACCGGCAGGAUAGCACCAUGUGAAGAAUAAUGUUGUAGUUUCAAGUUUGGGUCUCAAAGGACCGCCUAGUCGA